AUUAUGAGGUACACCAAAAGAACCACAGAGCCCAACUACGACGGGGCCGGGCGCAACACGAGGUGGGCUUUCAAACCCAUGAGAACGUACUUUGCUAAAAAUAACGAGGUCAAGGUUCAAGGACCCUAUACCACGUGAGUAUAUACCUAAAAUCAUCGCGAGAUGUUGUAAUCUACGUCUGCGGGUGUCAGCACUUGGUCCUCAAGUGUGAAGGUUGAUGACGUAUGAGUUAAAGGGGAGUAACAUUGUAAGGUUCUGCAAAAUGCAAGGCUCCGCCAAGUGUGCUCUUGUGAACAAUUAAUUAUUGGGUUGAUCUUAAGGAACACUUUUAUAAAUAGGGAACGAAUUCUGAAAAUGAAACACAGUUUCAACUUUUGCCAUGAAUCUUGAGAGCUGCUCCAGAAAAAUUGCGAUGGUGAUUAUAUUAGUGAAAAUACACAGCUCCAUACACUUAAAAUUAUGUCUACGUGGCAUAGAUCGUAAUCAUUAUACAAUUGAGCCCGCAUAAUUCCUGUAUACCUAUGACAAUGGUUCUCAACCUGUGGGUCGCGAGUCCUUUGGGGAUCGAACGACCCUUACAUAGGGUUCGUCUAAGACCAUAGGAAAAGACAUAUUUAUGACGUAGCAGCGAACAUAAUUUUAUGGUUGGAGGUCACCACAACACGAGGACCUGUAUUAAAGGGUCGAGAAGGUUGAGAACCACUGACCUACGACCUAUAUCUGCAUUUCGUGAUCUUUAUAUGACACUAUUUGUUGCACAUUUCCUACUAUAGAAUCAAUGUUCCAAGUGACCUGUACACACUUCUACACUUCCGCUACUGCAAGAAGACGUGGAGAGGAUGCAAGGAAAGGGCGAGAACUGAGGACACCGUCAUGUUGAAAUAUGAAAGACAACUCCGGGAGAACUUACUGAAGCUUCCGUUAGACGACAUUCUGCAUAACAACACAGGCUAUGUUCGCCAUUUAAAGAAAUGGAAAGAGACAGGGAGAGCGAACCAUAAUGGCCGCUCUUAGAUAAUGUCACUUCCUAUCAAUUACACAUUAAAAACACGUUACAAUGUAC